UUCCUCAGAAUAAACAGUACGGAAACUUGAGCCUGCAGAGUCCUAAAACAAAAAGGAACAGAUAAGUGUUACGGUGUUAUGUCGACUAACCGACUUUGCUACUUUCACAAAACCUUAUAUACAUACCAACCACUCUUCUCUGCUAAUUCACACUUUUCUCUCUAACUGAAACCUUCAUUAUAUUUUCCUUUCGGUACCUAUCAACUGGUGAUUAAGGAUGAGUAUACCACAGGACUCUCUGAAAAUUCAGACUUGUAUUCUCAAGGUUAAUAUCCGCUGUAAAUGUGAAGGCUGUGAGCACAAAGUAAAGAAACUGCUGCAGAAAGUCGAUGGGGUGUUUUCUGUGAAAGUAGAUGCAGAGCAAGGGAAAGUGCUGGUGGCAGGUGAUGUGGAUCCAGCCAAACUCAUAAAAAAGCUCAAGAGGUCAGGGAAACAUGCUGAGAUAUGGGGUGGCCAGAAAGGUGUGAUGAUGUCCAAUCAAAACAAUCCCAACAUUAACCAUCAAUUUCAGAACUUGCAAGUUGUUGAUAAUAGCAGCAAGAAAGGGGGAAAGGACAAGAAGGUUCAGAAAGUUGUUGGUGGUGUCCAAGGUCAAGUAGCACAAUUCCAAAACUUCAAAGGGGUUCAGGCUCAGGAUCUUAAGGUACCCCCAAAAGAACACAAAGCUGUCAAAUUCAGCUUGCCAGAGGAGGAUUUUGAUGGGAGUGAUUAUGGUUCUGAUGAUGGAUUUGAAGACAAUUUUGGUGAUUAUAGUGAAGAGGAGGAGGAAGGGUAUGGGGAUAAACAUCCUGUUAAGAACAAGAAGCUGCUGCCUGUGAUGGGGAAUGUUAGUGGGCCUCAUGGGCCUAUCAUGAAUGCCCAUAAAGUCAAUAGUGGUGGGCCUCAUGGGCAUUCUGGUAUGAUGAAUGGGCCUGCCAUCAAUAACCAUAAAGGAAAUGGUGGUGGGGUUGGGAUUAAACAUGAUGUCAUUAAUUUGGCAAUGCAAAGCAAGGGCAAAGGUGGAAAUUCAUUUGAGGCUAAAAAUGGCAUCAAAGAAGGAAUGAAAUUGAAAAGCAAUGUGGACCCAAGAGGUGUGAAAGACAACAAGGUGGAAAAGCAGAAGAAAAUGAAUGGGAAAAGUGAGGGUGGUAUGCUAGGUCGGUUUCUAGGCAUUGGGAAAAAGAGCAACAAGGGAGAAAGUGGAGGGAAAUUGAGCAAGCAUGAGAGUGAAAAUGUACAUAACAAAGGCAAGGAAGAGAAAAAGGGUGGAGGGAAAUUGAAGGGUCAUGGUAACAAUGAUAUGAGUAAAAAUGACAUUGACUCUGAAUUUGGUGACUAUGACCAUAUCCCUCAUCAUGGUAAAAGUGGCAAGGGCAGUAAUGGCAAUGGUAAUGGAAACAUGGGCCAGAUGGGUAUUAAUUAUCCGGUGGAUCAAAUGAGGAAUAUUGCGGCGGCUCAGGGGCUUCCGGCGGUGAAUGGCGGCGGUAGUGGUUAUUAUCAAGGGAUGCAAAUGCAACCUCCUUCAUAUCAGCAACAUCAAGCAAAUAUACACCCACAAGAUAUGAUGUAUAAUAGGCCACAUCCGUCGAUGAACAACUACAUGAUGCCACCACCACCGAUGCCGUCUCACCCCAUGUCAGAUCCUAUGACACACACAUUCAGUGAUGAGAAUGUUGAGAGCUGCAGUAUCAUGUAAAAUUGAAUUACAAUUUCAGUUAUGUCUUUAUUUUUGCAGUUCAUGAAAUUUUGUGUAGGGCAACAAAAUGUGAAAUGUUUAGAACUAUAUAAUGAUAUUUAAGUUUGUUUUUUUUUUGCUCCUGUUUUGUUCAAUGGAAAUUUCAGUUGUACAUUGUUUAUCUAAUGGAAUUUUCA